AUGCCAACGUCAGCAGCUAUCGCUCUUUGGGUGGUACUCAGCACACCCUCCCCAGACGGGGACAACGGACCGGCAUUGAUGGAAGCGAAAUUGAAAGAGAUAAGGGAAAACGCUCCAGAUGCGGACAUGAGGAGGGCUGCCGCUUGUUUAUUACCAGGCGAUGUUGACGAGAUUGCCAUCGAGCUGGUAGCCGCUAAAGAUGCAGAUGAAAGGAAUGCCUUAGAGCGAAUCAUCGAGGGAAGGGUUUGGUUCAGACGCUGGUUUACUAUCGCACAAGUGUAUAGAAGAACAAAUCGACCGACGGACGACCCCGCCACUGAAAGGUUGAACCAAAUCGUUGUAUCCAUAACGGAAAGGUUGGGGGAACUCUUUGCACUCAUUGCUCAUGAAGACGAAGCAAUCCAAGUGGCAACGAAUAUCUUGAACAAGAUGUUGGAAUCAGAUGCAUAG